GCGGCUCCGGGCCGAGCUGCGCCUGCGCAGGUUAUUGGCGCCAAGAUGGCGAUGGAGAUGCGCCUUCCGGUGGCGAGGAAGCUUCCCAGCGAGAGUCUGGGGCGUGAUACCAAGAAGCACCUGGUGGUGCCGGGGGACACGAUCACCACGGACACGGGCUUCAUGCGGGGCCACGGGACCUACAUGGGGGAGGAGAAGCUCAUCGCCUCCGUGGCCGGCUGUGUGGAGCGAGUGAACAAGCUGAUCUGCGUGAAAGCGCUGAAAACCAGAUACAACGGUGAAGUCGGAGACAUUGUGGUGGGGAGGAUCACAGAGAGAAGGAGGUCCGCGGAGGACGAGCUGGCCAUGAGGGGCUUCCUGCAGGAAGGGGACCUCAUCAGUGCUGAGGUCCAGGCCGUGUUCUCGGACGGAGCCGUUUCUCUGCACACGAGGAGCCUGAAAUACGGCAAACUAGGCCAAGGUGUCCUGGUGCAGGUGUCGCCCUCGCUGGUGAAGCGGCAGAAGACCCACUUCCACGACCUGCCCUGCGGCGCCUCCGUGAUCCUUGGCAACAAUGGCUUCAUCUGGAUCUACCCGACCCCCGAGUACAAGGAAGAGGACGCGGGGGGCUUCAUCGCAGACCUGGAGCCCGUGUCCCUCGCCGACCGAGAGGUGAUAUCCCGGCUCCGGAACUGCGUCGUCGCGCUGGCCACCCAGAGGAUGAUGCUGUAUGACACCAGCAUCCUGUACUGCUACGAGGCGUCCCUGCCGCAUCAGAUCAAAGACAUCUUAAAGCCAGAAAUAACGGAGGAGAUUGUAUUGGAAACGCGCCAGAGACUUCUGGAACAGGAAGGCUAAGCGGCUUCCGAGGGGUGGCCCGGCGUACCUUGCUGGAGCGGCUCUCCCCACGAGGUCCCACCUGCAGCUCAGAGAAGCGCUGAGAGACGCUCGCUUUGCCUGCGUCACAGCCGCGUGGCCGCCUCCAGCCUGUGGCCUGCCUUCUGUCCCAAGACAGCCUGGGGCAGUGAGCAGCACUUCCGGCCUGGGGUUUGCCGCCCGAGGCCCAGCACUGGUGGGCGGUUUUGGGUUUUGCAGUGCCGCGUCCAGGCCCUCCCACACCCCAGAACAAUGAGGAGACUCGCUUGUCUCCCACUCUGUCAUUCACAAGGGCCAGUGCCCUGUGCACCUGCCCCCAGUAGAAUGGUGACAGCCCUCACCCCACACGCCGUGCGCCGGCCUCCGUCCCCACCGCCUCGGAGAACACAGCCGGCAAGGGCGGCCAGCAGUGAGGGGGAGAAUAAAGGUGGCCUCCCGCGUGCUUGGAAGCUCGUUUCCCAUCGCGUGUUCCUUCCAGAGACGGCCACGCGAGGCUGCCUGCGCCUGCCGGCCCAGGAGCGCGAGCUGGGAGAGGCCGGGUGGUCCUCAGAGAGGAUGAACGUCCUGGCCCGUGUGCUUCCGGGUGCUUUAAUGGGCAUAAAGGGAACAAAUAAGAAAAGUGGAGAUGGGAAAGCAAGGCUGUUUUCUUCUGAUAAUUGAAGUAGUAACACAUUAGCUUCUGAAUUGUUCAAGGUUAAGAGAUUAAAGCAGGAAGCUGAAGCUCUCAGAAGUGUUAGAAUUCCCAUUUGUCCUGAGAACCAAAAAGUGAUACCCUGGGGCCAGCGCGGUGGCAUGGCAGUAAAACCAUGCUACAUGCCCGCAUCCCAUAGGGGCGCCUGUUUGAGACCGGCUGCUCCACUUCCGAUCCAGCUCUCUGCUGUGGCCCGGGAAAGCAGUGAAAAUGGCCCGAGUGCUUGGGCCCCUGCACCCCCAUGGGAGACCCAGAAGAAGCUCCUGGCUUCUGAUCGGCCCCGCUCUAGCUGUUGUGGCCAUCUAGAGAGUGAACCAGUGAAUGGAAGCCCUCUCUCUGUCUCUGCCUCUCUGUAACUCUGCCUUUCAAAUAAAUAUAUACAUCUUUUAAAAAUUAAAAAAAAAAUGAUGCCCUGGUAGUUUUACUUAUUUGAAAGGCAGAGUGACAAAGAAAUCUUUAUCUGCUGGUUCAUGCCCCAAAUGACUGCAACGGCCAGGGCUGGGCCAGGCUGAGCCCAGGAGCCAAGAACUCCAUCCAUGUUUCCCCUGGUGCCAGGGCCCAGGGCCCUCCUCCACUGCUUUCCCAGGCGCAUUGGCAGGGAGCCAGAUGGGAAGUGGCGCAGCCAGGACUGCAUCUGCGGUCAGAUUUGGGAGGCACCGCCUGCCGCUUCCUGGGUCUGCAGCAGCCGGAAGCCGGGGUCGCUGGAGCUGACCUCAGUCAGGAGCGUCGUCCUGGUGAGCGUGUUGAUCACGGCCAAGUGCCCGCCCGUUUAGAAAAAUUGCAAGGUGUCCUGUGCAAGUGCGGUUUAUUGCACGUAUGUGAACUGUGUGAACUGUUUUAAAGUCAUUGAUCUGAAAGACACAGUAAUAGGACCCUCCGUCCACUGGUUCAUGCCCUGAAAGACACAGUAAUAGGAUCCUCCGUCCACUGGUUCAUGCCUCAAAUGGCUGCACCAGCCAGGGCUGGACCAGGCGGGAGCCAGGAGCUCCAUCUGGCCUUCCUAUGUGGGUGGCAGAAACUGAAGUGCCUGAACCAUCAUCCGUUGCUGUCCCCUGUACGUUACAAGGGGCUGGGUUCAAACCAACACUCGGGACAGAGGCUUCCAGGCGGCGGCUUAACCCGCUGCUCUGUGCGCCUGCGGGAGCUGUUUGGUGACGCUGGGAAAUGCGCUGGCGUCACUGGUUUCUCAUCUGAGGCUGGGGUCAUUCGGAGCUGCAUGCGGCUUGAGGAGGGCGUGGAUGACGCCCCGGUGGACACCUCGCCACUGCGCGGCCACCUGGGAAUGCGAACCCGAGAGCUUCGGGGUAGUGACUGAACCUUGCCUUUUUGACGGCUUUGAAAUACAGCGUGUCUCUGAUGAAAAAGCAUGCUUCUUUGUAACAUUACUCUGUACAGUUUCAUUUCAUUCUUAUUUUUCUCAA